GUCUAACAUUCAACAUGGCCUCUUCAAGUGAAAGUUCCGAGGCAGAAGACUUGGAGAAAUUUGCUGUCAUAACUGACAUUGUUAACUCAGAGGUCGUUAAAUUUAAUGGCAGUUCCCAUUCACCUGCAAAAUCUAAGCCAAGUUUGAGACACUGGCGGGAGGAUGAGGACAUUGCUUCCUCAACAUCGGAAUUGAUAACACCUGAGUUUAGACAACAUGUUGCGAAGAAGCUGUCAAAAUUUCUGGACAAGAACUACAUCUGCAUUCAAGAAGUUGAACGUCUACCAUAUGGACAUGACAACAGUUCACAUGAAUCUUCUGGGAUCAGGUUGCUGUUGACAUCCAAUCACAGAUUACUGGAAGAAUCCAGUUCUACUGUCAGCAAAAAGAAUAAGAUUAACAUUUCAAGCAGUAGUGAAAGCGAUACCAAUGAUGAAGAGCUGGACCGCUUAGCAGAAGCAGCAGUGUCUGGAUACUCAAUCAUCCUAACAGGUGAAGGUCACAGCGGCAGCAGAGAACAGGUUGAACACGAAGCCGUCCAAACGAACGGCGUGAAACGAAAGAAAGAGAAGAAAAGAAAGAAGGAAAAGAGGAAGAAGACUAAAGUCGAUGAGGAGAAAAAGGAAAAGAAGCACAAGAAACAUAAGAAAGAAAAAUUUAAAGAGAAAACGUGAGGUUCAGAACCUCCAUAAUGGGGCUCAAUGGAAAAAAACCGACGAAUAGUAGUUCGUUUAUGCUCAACUCCGAAAGCAUCCGACCACGACGUGUGAUGCUAACCGACUUAGCCGAAGGUUAUCCGACGCUUCUUAAGUAAAUCCGACAGCUCCCGACUAAAAGCUGGCCGGUUGGACUUUCUCAGAGUCCGUUUCCGCUGUUUUGAUAGUCGGGCGGAAACCGUCGCUCACCUAUCGCGACUUCGUCGCUCAUUUUAUAGAAGUAGAAGUCGAGUUGUGGCAAGUCGAGGCUACAGUCGGAGAUUGCUGAGAAGAAA